AUGUCGAUGCCUCCUAGAGCCGUGCUCUUGGUUGUGCCUGUCACCACAUUCUUCAUAUUGGCGAUUGCUUGCAUCGGCCUUAGACUAUGGGCGAAGCGCAUAAAGAAGACCUCACUUCGGUUUUGUGACUACGCCAUUCUUGUCGCUGCGGUGUUUGCAGCAGGAUAUCUUGGAAUUUGUUGGCUAGUGGUUGACCGCGGCGGCGUCGGUUAUCCGCUUGUACAAGUAUCACCACCAGCGCGGGCACUUACCCAGAAGUCGUUCGUUGUGGCAUGGCUUUUGCAAUCGUGGGGCAACACAUUCGUACGCCUUUCCAUUCUCGACUUCAUCGCGCAUGUAUUUUCCGUGAAGAAGUUUCGCAUGGUAGUGUAUUUCUUUGAAGCGUGCGCGAUUGCAUACUUGGUUGGCUGUACAAUCACCUUCUUUGCCGUCUGCCGUCCGAUGAGGUACAACUUCUCAAUCAACCCAGUCGAAAUACAACAAUAUUGUGGCGACCUAAGUCUCAAGUUUCUCCUGAGCGCCAUCUUCAACCUUGUUCUUGACGUCUGCAUAUUGGUGCUUCCUAUGCCUAUGCUAUUGACGCUGCAGCUGAACAUACGUAAAAAGUUGUCGCUCGUCUUCGUCUUCAGUCUGGGUAUAUUUGUAUGCUUUGCUACAGCAUGGCGUACGUACAAUGUCGUCAAGUUUUCCACGCCGGAGGCCAAGAUGAACUUCACCAUGACCGUUGUCGAAGACGCCCUUUGGUCUGGACUCGAAAUCACUCUUGGGAUUAUCAAUGCAUGUCUGCCCGUCAUGCCCCCAGCGCUCCAACAGAUGUUCAAGGCUCCUUUCCUGAAACUCUUGACUUUCUCAAGUAGACCCGCCAGCAAGCCCUCCAAGUUCUCCGACUCGGAUAUCAGUGCUACCUCCGGAUCCUCGGGCAGCAGAAAGUCCUGGCUACGCAUUGGCGGCGCCAAAGGUGUUGGGAGGGGAAGCGACUGGAGCGAGACAGCACACUCCAUGCCCGUCAUAAGGCACUCUGUAGACGUUGAGUCGCGUUCGAUAGAUCAGAUUUCGACAGACAGAAUGGGCUCGACCACAAGACUGGCUACUAAUUCCACAGUCUAUCAGUACCCUACUGUCAAUCAAUAUCAGCUCAGCAGCAAGAUGGAAUCGCAAGGUCAAAACGCGCCACCUAACCAACAGUGGUAA